CUGCCGGUGCUCUCCCGCCCUCCUCCCCACAGCGGGUGGGUGGAGGCCACUAACCGGCCUCUCACCCCUGCCCCCCAUCGCCCUCAGCGUCUCCCCUUCCUGCUCCCACCGCGGGCUCUGAAGCCAGGAAACCCGAGAGGAAAUGACUGAGCCCGUCUCGGUCCCCGCCCGCCAGCUCUCCCCUGGCCACACCCUCCGCCGGGACGCAGCCACCGCCGCUGCCCUCUGUCCACGAGGCUGCCGGCUUGGGACCCCCGGCUCUGACAUGUCGCCCUCUGGUUGCCUGUGUCUCCUCACCAUCGUUGGCCUGAUUCUCCCCACCAGAGGACAGAUACCGAAGGAGGCCACAGUUUUUUCUCCAGCAGACCCAAACCGAUCAAACGUUCGUGCUCUGACACCAGCCCCAGAUGCAGACCUAGAACCCAAGCCCACCCCUCAGAUAAGCCCGCAGAUUGGUGGAACAACACCAGAGCAGGAGGAGAAGAUCCAGACCCCGAAAAUGGAGUCCCAGCAACCGACGGGAGUGCACCCGCCCCUAGCCACAGAUCCGAGGACAGGCAAGACCGGCCCAGAAGGUUCCUUUAUAGUGCUGGCACCUGGAAACGUGGAUGUAGAUGUUUCCUUUGUGUACCUCUUCAUGUUAGAGCAGGAGCUUUUCACUUGCAAAAUACUGCAAACACAACUAAAACCACACCCUCGGCUGAACCCAGUAAAAGCACAACGCUCUCCAAAAGGCAGUCUCCAGGCAAAGGCGGCAGGCCAGACCCUACCCUCGGGACGACUGGUUCCAGUGAGGACAACCCCUUCUCCUAUGAUGAAUACACUCUCCGGAAGCGGGGGCUGCUGGUCGCAGCUGUGCUGUUCAUCACUGGCAUUGUCAUCCUCACGAGUGGCAAGUGUAGGCGGUUACCCCAAUUAUGCCGGAAUCGUAACAGGUGAGACCAUUGGAAGUAAGGGCCGGCAACUGAAUUGAUGGGCACCCCAAGACUGAGUCCCCACCGGCUCACCGUGCCCAGCCACCUCCCUCCCCUCGCGAAGCCUGCAGAAUAGUCAAUAAAGCCCAGCCUGAGAGGGAAGACCCGCAUGGAGACAGAGCUGGGGCUGAUGGCCCAAGGCCCCUCCCCUCCCCACCCUGCCCACCCAGAGGACUGCCCAGCUCCCUGGGCACUGCUCCCCAAGUUACCCAUUGUUUUCAGAUGAAAAGUAAAGCACUGUGGUCCUUG